AUGGUUCAUAAGAGUGCGGGCGUGAGAACGACGUCACCUCUUUACUGGGGCGAUGUUCUCCCCAGCACGGCCGUGACUAAUCCUGAAAAGCUAGAACUGCAGGAGGUGGUCAGCCCUGGCAGGCCUACCAGGGCCAAGCCAGGCAGAGAGCAGGAGACGGAAGGCUGGAGGAGGAGGAGCCUAGGCGUCGUAGGAGCAGCAGAGAGGAAACGAGAACGGAAGAGGCGAGUUGCACCUCCAUCAAGGGCAGACAUCUCAGCAGACAGCGGUCUAUCACUAUGCUGUGAGACGGUGUCCCUCAUUCUCCUCUGUGUUGUCCUCUGGGGCCACAACAUCUCCAACCCCAAAGGCAGAUGUUGUGGAGGACAGCACAAGCGGAAUGGGACCUGA